CACAUGGGUUUUGAAACAUAGUGUGUUUCGUGUGCGGAUGGAAUAUUGCUUCUGAAUCCCUUUCUGAACUGAGGAUUUAUUUUCCCAAUUGAUGAUCUAAAGAAAAAAGUCGCUGCCAUGACGACAGAAGCCAGCGCGGUUGGCGAGGCGGAGAGCCAGCAGAAGCCAGGAAAGCCGGAGGCGGAGCAACAGCAGCAGGAGCAGCAGCAGGAGCAGGAGCGGCCCCCGCCCGAUCAGGCCCAGGACCCCGGCCCCUCGGAGCCCCCCAGAGCCCAGAGCCCCGGCGGCCCCGCCGAGGAGCAGCAGCUGAAGCCUCGAACCCGCACCUCGGCCGGCCGUGGCCUGUCCCGCCUCUUCUCCUCCUUCCUGAAGCGCCGCUCGCAGUGCUCGGACGGCGAGGGCGCCGAGGCCGAGAAGGACAGGGACAGGAAGGACAAGGAGGGGGGCGCGGCGCAGGGCGAGGAGGAGCUCGUCAAGGCCCCCAUCGCCGACCCCGAACCCGAGCUCCGUGCUGAGGGCGACCCCGCCCUCGACCUGCACUCGCUGAGCAGCGCCGAGACGCAGCCUGCCCACGAGGACCGAAAGGAGGACCCCGAAACCGAAAAGGAGGAGGAGGAGGAGGGAGCGAAGGUAGAGGAGGAGAAGAAGGAGGAGGAGGAGCAGGAGCAGCCAGAGGAAGGGAAGAAAGAGGGGGAGGAGGAGGAGAAGGAGGAGAAGGAGGCCAAGCCUGCAGAGGAACCCAAAGCCCCCAAAGCGUCGCGCCGGCCUCGGACCAUGCACUGCCGGGUCACCCUGCUGGACGACACUCAGUUCGAGUGCGAGCUGGAUAAACAUGCCAAAGGCCAGGAGCUGUUCACCAAGGUGUGUGACCACCUCAACCUGCUGGAGAGGGACUACUAUGGCCUAGCCAUAUGGGAGACACCUACUACUAAGAUAUGGCUGGACUUCACCAAGGAGAUCCGCAGACAGGUGCAAGGUUCCAACUACGAAUUCACCUUCAACGUGAAGUUUUACCCACCUGAUCCAGCACAGCUGACAGAGGACAUCACCAGGUACUACCUGUGUCUGCAGCUGCGGAAGGACAUUCUGAGCGGGAGUCUGCCCUGCUCCUUCGUCACGCUGGCGCUGCUGGGCUCCUACGCCCUGCAGUCCGAGCUGGGCGAGUACGACCCGGAGAUCCACGGCACCGACUACGCCAGCAACGUGCGGCUCGCCCCCGGCCAGACCAAGGAGCUGGAGGAGAAGGUGAUGGAGCUGCACCGCACCUACAGGUCCAUGAGUCCCGCCCAGGCAGACAUGAUGUUCCUGGAGAAUGCCAAGAAGCUGUCCAUGUAUGGAGUGGACCUGCACCAGGCCAAGGAUCUGGAAGGGGUAGACAUCAUGCUGGGCGUGUGCUCCAGUGGACUCAUGGUCUACAAGGACAAGUUGCGGAUCAACCGCUUCCCCUGGCCCAAGGUGCUGAAGAUCUCAUACAAACGCAGCAGCUUCUUCAUCAAGAUCCGGGCCUCCGAGCAAGAACAGUACGAGAGCACCAUCGGCUUCAAGCUUCCCAACUACCGAGCCUCUAAGAAGCUGUGGAAGGUGUGCGUGGAACACCACACCUUCUUCAGGCUCACCUCUGUGGAAGCGACCACGCCCCGCAGGUUCCUGGCCCUGGGGUCGAAGUUUCGGUACAGCGGGCGCACCCAGGCCCAGACGCGCCAGGCCAGCUCCAUGAUCGACAGGCCUGCCCCGCAGUUCCAGCGCUCGGCCAGCAAGAGGGCAUCCCGGAGCCUGGACGGAGCGGUUGUGGUGACCCCCGACAGGGCUGCCCGCCCGGUCAGCGCCCCGGUCAUCUCCCCCGUGGCCCUGGCGGAAGCCGGCAUUCCCAUCGCCACCCCCGUGCCCCGCGCCUCCACCCCCACCACCCGCCCGGCUCGCAUCGAGGAGAAGAAGGUGGAGGUGAAGGCGGAGAUCCGGUCGGUGGAGCCCCCCAAACCGGAGCCUGUGCCGGAGGUCAAGGCGGCAGCGAGGAGGGAGCGGAGGGACGCCCCCACGGUCACGGCCACCAAUGGGGAGAGGAAGGCGCAGUUGCCCCGGGUGGACGCGGAGCCAGUGCGAAUGAGGAAGAAAAGAGCUAAGAAAAUUGAGGGUGAAACUAUUUAUAUCAGACAUAGCAAUUUAAUGUUGGAGGACCUGGAUAAGACUCAGGAUGAGAUAAUGCGGCACCAUGCCAGCAUCAGCGAGCUAAAGAGGAACUUCAUGGAGUCUGUGCCCGAGCCGAGGCCCAGCGAGUGGGACAAGCGGCUGUCCACCCACUCGCCCUUCCGCACCAUCAGCAUCAACGGCCAGCUCCAGCCUGGCGCAGACGGGUCCUGUUCCGGCAGUCUGUGUCCCAGAACCCCUCCCCCCGCCCCGCCAUUGUCCCCAGCCUCCCCCGGCUCUGGGGUGUGCAAAGAUGCCCCUCCGUGCCAGCCCGGCGACCCCAACCACUUCAUCCGCCUCAGCCAGCUCCGCGCCCAGUUCUUCCUCUCCUAAAGCAAGCGGGAGCCAGGCUUGAGUGUCCUCGGGCGGUGGGGGGAGGGGGGGGGGUCUCAGCGUGGUAGACAUGGCGGCUGUGUCCUCUGGGUGCUCCAGGCAGCCCUGUAGUCUUUCUGUGCCCGUAGGCUUCUUCCACCAAAGAGCAAAUUCAGACCCACAGUGGACCAGCAGCCCACUUCAAAGAAUUUAACCUUGGUCAAAUCCCUCACCCCUGUUGUAAAUAUCUGCAUGGGUUUCUUUCCAAACACUGUGUUGUUUUUUCCUCACCUAGCCUCACCACCUUUGACCUUUGACCUUUGACCUGUGAGGAACGGUUUAGCUCUCAAUAAAUAGUGUUUCUUUCUUAUCUUCAUCUUUUUUUUUUGAUAAACCUGGAUACACGAUCAGUGACAAAAAGAACGCCUUCCCUGAUCAAAACGGCAGAAUAUUCCACCAUUUCCAGUGCCUCCUGACACUCAAGCCUGGCCAAAAUCUGAGACCCACUGUUCACUGCCUGGCGUUUGAACCAGGAGCCAAAGCCUUGCCUGACUGUGUAGACCCUCUCCAUGUAGGAAUGGAGGAAAAUGUUUCCAUUCUCCCCUCUUUCCUAACAAGCUGUUCACACCUUGCCAUAAUGGUAGGACUUUCCCAUUGGAUAUAAUGUUUACAGAGCACAGCCAGACAUACAGUGGGCACCCACCCAUCGCCGCCCCCUGGUGGUGAGACUGGCGCACAGUGGUGGUCCGGCCAGUCCGAACCAGCAGAGUUUUUACGGGUCUCACGUGUCUCAGGUGCUAACGAUGUCGGGUAAUCUCAAAUAAGUCUCCGUCAAAAGGUUUACGCUGUCGUCCUGCCAUCAGCCAUUAGAGAGUCAGGAAAUCGACUAUCGAAAACAUAACAAAAAUCAAAAAGUGCCUUCUCCAUCUGGCCGGUGGACUCAAAUCCCUAAAAACUCAGAAGGACGAUGCCGCUACUUCCUGGAGUUCGGCCUAGCCGCCACUGCUGUGCGCGCCCACCUGAUGGGGAGGGGGUAGGACCCCCCCUGUAUCCGACAGAGCGCACGAGUCAUCCCCACCCCCCCCGGCUACAUUCUGCCAGCAGUCUGCAAACCACUGCCAGCACAGAAUAAGGUACAGAGCAUCAGAGGCGACAGCGGCAAGGAGGAACCACAGUGACAGGAGCUGAAAGAUGCUAGCUUUAGCCGUGAAACUGGCUCCGUGAACACAGAGACUUACUGUCAUCUCUGGCCACUUAUUCUUUAUUUAGAGGGGCUUUCAAUUUCUGUCCCUUAUAAUCAGCUUAGAAGGAACGUUUAGGGAGAAAAAAUCCCUAGAAACAAUUAGCUUUUUUUAAAGCCAAAUGAACAGUUUGUCCAGAGGAAAAAAAAAAAGCCAGACCAAAAAAGAAAAGAACAAAGUCUUAAGAGUUAGAACAGCCAGAACGGAUAUUGAACAAAGCAUGUUAUUUGGCACCACCUUUGCACACUCCCAUGUUCCUCCCCCUCUCUCUCAGCCCCCCUCCCCUUCCCAAACCAC